AACAAAAAAUAAGCCAUGAUUAUAUUUUUAAAAAUCUUUUUAGUUUUACGUCUAAUGAUAUCUUUAUUUGAUGGCAAAUAUAGUUUGUAUUUUGUGGAAGCCGGAAUACUAAAAUCACAAACACUUAAAGAGGCAAAUGGACAAACUGAAAAUAAAAGGGAUAUUGAAAAAGAAAAUACCAAAAUGUACCAUAUAAUGGCUCAGCACAUCGGACCGAAUGUAGAAAGUAAAGAUUUGAAUGUCAAAUAUCCUAAUUAUGACGUAUUAGAAUUUGAUGAGAAAAAAAUAGAUAGCCUCAAACAGAUUAAAAACAUUACUGAAACUGCAACCAAAGCUGAUUCCCCAUACACAAUGUUAAAUGUGUUAAAUAAUAAACGAAGAUCUGUGCAAACAAAUCAAAACAGAGGGCGAUCAUUCGGAAAUGAGGAUGAAAGCAAUUCAAUUGUAGCAAUUGAAAAAACUGAUCCUUUAAGCUUAAGAACCGAAUUUGAUUCUAGUUUUCACUCUUCAAAACCGAGGGAAGUUUUUAAGCACAGAAGACAAGCAUUUAAGAAAUACCACAGGAAACUAUAUGGUCCUCCAAAACAACUUCAUGGUAUCCAAAAAAGUGAAUAUAACUCUAAGCAAUCGAUGAUUGACAUGAAUCCCUCAAACACAGAUUUUCAAAACAAUAUGGUUGUUUCAAAAGAAAAACCUUUAAGCACUCCACAAAUCUUUGAAAAAGUGUCAGAAAAUAAUCUAGUUACGGAAGAAAAUGAAUCCGCAAAUGAAGCAGAUACUGAACAAACUCCAAUGGAGUUAUUAACGCAGUUAUAUGCCCAUUCAUCGGAUCAGUAUCAAACUAGCCAAUACCCUUUCACGCCGGAUAUAUAUUCAACAAAAUACAUUUUGGUACCAUUAACGAACGGCAAUGAAUCAUCGGAAUAUUUAACAGAAGAGAUACCGUUCUCUAAUUCAACCGAAGUUGAAAUCAGCACAGAGAAUCCCUACGACGGCUAUGUAAAAGCUGGACCUAUCCGCAUCAAGAUCAGCAAUGAUACGUCUCCACACAAACUCCAAAUGGGGAUUCGUCCGAAUUCGAAUACAAAUCUCACCUUUAGAAUCGAAAGACAUAACGGAGAAAUCAACAGCGAUACCGGAAGUGAACUUAAAAACGUAGAGAAGAAAGAUGUCUCAGAAAAAACAAUAGCAAAUAAAAAUGUACAAUUCGAAAGAGAUAUUUACAAACUAGAUAACAUCAAUAAUAGCUUAAAUCUAAAUGCUUCCAUGUUGUCGGAUUCAAAUGAUGUUUCCAAUAUGGCCUUUCCUUUGUGGCAAUUGAGUAAAGACUCAAAAGGGAGAGUAAAAUGGGAUUUACGUCAAAAUUCAGAAAAAUCUAAAUAUGUAGAGAUUAGCAAUAAAAAUUUAAAUGAUGACUCUGAAUUAGAGAGCGAUAUUAUCUAUGGAACAGACAGUUCUGGACUUCCUAAGCUUAAAGUUUAUCCUUAUAACUGCAAGACGUUGAUACUUAACAUUUUCAGAAAGCAUACCGUGGCGGCAGUUGUUAUUAUAAUUAUAAUUCUUUUUAUUUUUGUACUUUUCAUUUACGUUAUAUAUAAAGCUGGGCAACGAUCUCAAUACAUCAAGUAUAGCAAACUUGAUGAUUCCAAAGAUUACAAUAAAGGAAAUAGUACUAUCGAAUCAAUUGGCGAGGGAAAAAAAUCUAGGAAAAAAUUCGAUUUUCGUAUUCCUCUCUUUAGAAAAGGUGCUAGUGGUAAAGAUGAAAAAAAAGGCAAAAGAGGGGAGAAAGUUUCUCAACCAGUUAUUCUAAAAGAUAGUCGAAGUCAAAUGGCAUCAUUUCAACGAAGUCAACUGUCGAGUUCAGACGAAGGAAGCAAUAGCAGUGAAACAAAAGCUUCGAGGAAAAACAAAUUCCCCAAAAAAUCUUCUAGAAGUAUCCAACGAAGCAAAAUAAAAAGAUCAAAGCCUGAAUCUGAUAUCGAAGAAACAGAGAACCGUAGAACUCCUGCUCAUCAAAACCAGUGUGGCUUUAUACGAUUCUUCAAAAGAAUGUUCUCUAAGAGACCAACAGCAAAAGAACCUUCAAAAGAUGGAAAGCGUCCUGACACAGACCUUGUUUCCACGGCCGAAUUUGAUAAAAAGCAAACGAGGCAAGAUAAACUUCACAAAAACAAAUUUUCCGUUCUUCCAGAAUCAGAUGAAUCAGAAACUGAUUCGGAAGCUGAGUCAGAAAAAACACCUUCCAAAGCACCGCUAAGGCCUAAACUCGGAAUUCGUGCCAAAAUGAAGCAGUUGCUCACGCCAGAAAGACACUCUGAUGAUAGCUCUGAGAGUACUGGUGAAAGAAUGAUAAAAGCAAUGAAAACAACAUUUCACUCUGCUAAAACAAAAGUUGAGAAACCAAAACGUAAAAAAUUCGCCCAUCCAGAUAUAACAGAUCUAAAGGCAGUUGUUCGUAAAGCGUCCUUCGAUAUUGCGUCAACUUCUCCAGCAAGCAAUGAGAGUUUAAAAUCAAAAAUCGGGAUACCUGGAGACUGCAAGCCAAUUGAUCUUUUGCUUAGUGGUGAAGAAUGGGACAAAUCUUAUUACACUGCAAGUGGGAUUGAUAACGCUGUUAGAAAAAGUAAACAACACAUCAAAGAAAAUGGGAACACUGAAAAACUGAAGCUGAGUGAAAUUGAAAUGAUGGAACUUUUGGCGCAUAAAGUUGAGAAAGUCAUUGAUAAUGCUGAUAACGCCAUCAAGCAUCCUCAGCCAGCUAAGAAUUAUGAGCAAAAGAUAAAACAAAUGACCUAA